AUGGAUAGAACACAGUCAGACCAGAGCAGCAAGGAGACAUCCCACAGCCAGAACGAUGAAAGUCUGCUGCAGUUUGACGCAGAGACCGUCAAACUGCUCGUGAUGAGAGGAGAUGAACUCUUUGAGUGUUUGACAGUCAGUGAGGAAAGAUACGGCGCUCUGGAGGAAAGAUACGGCGCUCUGGAGGAGGAGAUGGAAGCUAAAGAGGCUCGACACAAGCAGCAGCUGGACGAGAACCUGGUGACCAUAAACCUGCUGAAAAGAAGAGAGGAAGAACUCCUUCAGAGCCAGGAGAAGUCCACCAAGGACCUGGCUGAGAAACAACAGAGCUGGGAGAGUGGAAAACAAGGCAUGAAGUAUGUAGUGGACGAGAAAAACUACCAGGCCGCUAGAAACCACACCUUGGAGACGGAAAAACGAAAGAUGGAAUGCAAAGUGAAAGGGGUGAUGAAGCACAACAGUCAGCAGACCUUUAGAAUCCACAGCUUGGAGAAGGAAGUCCAGAAGCUGGUGCUCCAGUUGGAAAAGCAGGGAGAAAAGAACUCUGAAGACCAACAACCGAUGGAGGCCAAACUAAAACAGGUGGAGAAGGAGAACGAGGAUCUGGCAAAGAAGAACACAAGCUGGGAGACGGAUGUCAAACAGCUGAAAGACCAGAUGAGAGAGAAGGAGGAAAAGUUCUCCAAAGACCUGGCCGAGGAACAGCUGAGCUGGGAGAGUGAGAAACAUCAGCUGGAGGGCGAGAGGAGAGAGAUGGAGAAGACAUUGAAACAGGUGGAGGAAUCCAAGAAGAAGCUGGCUGAGGAGAACCGCAGCUUGGAGUUGGACGUCACACUGAAUGUCUUGCUGGUGAAGCAGUUUGAGAAGGACAUGGAGGUGCAGCAGGAAGAGUUCUCCAAACGACACCAGAGCUGGGAGACCAAGGCCAGUUCGAUGGAGACCGAAAUAAAAGAGGUCACUCAGGAGAAGGAAGACCUGGCUCAGACACUUCAGAGCCAGGCGACUGAAUUCAAAGACAUUCAGGCUCAGUUACAUCAGGCAGAGGAUGAGAACAACAUGAGCUGGGAGACAAGAGUCCAUCAGCUUGAGAAGGAGAUGAAGGAGCAGAAGGAGAAGUGCUCCAAAGACCUGAGCCAGAAACACCAGAGCUGGGAGACCACGGUUCAUCUGAUGGAGACUCAACUGAAGGAGGCGAAGGAGGAGAGGGACAACCUCGCUCAGACGCGACUGAGCUGGGAGACCAAAGAGAAGAAGAUGGGGGAAGAGAAGACACUUCUGGAGGACCUGUGUCUUCACAGGAAGAAUAAGAGCAGAGGAUUCUUCGCUCGCAGGAGGGCGACUGAGGAAAGGGACGUCGUUUUGCAGAAAAUGCUGCACAAGAUGGAAGAGAGGAGAUGAGAAAGAAAGCAAAGGGGGAGAAGGAGGAGAAGGAGGAGGCUGGACGUCAGUAGCUGUCUUUUCCUCUCCUCUCUCCCUCCUCCCUUUCUCUCACCUCCUUCCUCCUGCCUCACCCCCUCCUGCCUUCCCAUUUUCAUACUCAGGGUUUUCUCCUGGAGCUCAGGUUUUCCCACAAUCUGUAUAAUGGAUGUAAAAAAACUCACUUGAAGUCCCUCCCCCUUUAACUGUACCUACUUCCUGCUCCCUCACCAUCUCUCUCCUGACUCCAUCCUUUACCUCCUUCCUCAAUACUUCGCCUCCCUUCACUCCAAACUCUCUCCUCCAUUUCCCUCACCUCUUCCUUCCUACAUCACCCUCUCUUCCACUUUUCAUAUUUAGUGUUUUUUAGUUGUAUUUAGACUUGAUUUUCAAAUAAAAUGUUAAUUAAAUGUA